GUUCCCUCAUACAUUGAGCAUUUGGCUAUCGUUGUGCGUGCUGUGGCCGGAAGCCCAUCGUUCUCGGUUUCACUAUGUAUGAUAGGUUGUCGACCACGCGGGUCGUAUUUGACGCAUCUUCUCGAAGGAGUGAGAGACGCUUCUAUCAAGGAACAAAGGAGAACAGAUCGCGGGGUGUCUGAAUCAGCGAGACCUUAUGACUGCUAUUGCCAUUUCAUGCACAUCUUAUAAAUGUACGAGCGCGUCGUGUAUACAAGCUUGUUUCUACCAACAACAAUAUGUGGUGCCACUUGCACUAUGGUCUCCAGUGCGUACUGGCGCUAUGGCCUCUUCACGAGUAGGGUGAUGACGUCAAUCGCUCGGCGUCGGUGCAAGAUGAUAUCAAUGAAUUUGCAGGAAGUGACACGGUCGACUCGGAUCCUUGAUCGACCAAGGGAAUUGCCAAGCUGUUGGCGUAUCGAUUGACACUCAUGCUCCACCGCUCACCAAGCUUCAUCGUAUUCCCCGCCACGGACAACGAAGCCGCGUGUCAUUGGGCUGAUGAUGACGGAUAUUGGUGGAGCGGCGCGAGCUGGAUGGGCCCGUGUCUGCUAGUUAUAGAUAGAUAUGGAGUUUGGGUUGUUCCACUAGGGCAUGUGGAUGCGAACGUGGGCGCAGUCCACUCGUCGUGAGUUAGUAGUCGAAACAUUAUUUGAGUUACCAUGUAUAGACAUAGUGUGAAAUAGAACCCGCGGCGCCCGCGA